CAAUCGAGAAAACAAAACCGACGCCAACACGCAACGUUGAAUCAAAUCUCCAAACCUCAAUGGAUGUUCGGUUUUCAGAAUAUCCCUAGACCUUCUCCGACAAAUUUCCUCCCUCUCUCUCUCUCGCACUGCGUCAAAUCACGCUUCUUUAGAAAAUUGCUUUUUGAAUUUUUAUUAUCUACUGCUUCAAAAUAAGCAUGACCCAAUUCGCUAUGGUUGAGGAAUUGGCUUCCCUUGUUAGGGACAAUCUUCGUUCCAAGCAUCUUGUUCUCUCUGUGGAAGAGGCGUUAAUCAACUUCCUUCAAGAUGAAACCAGCUCAGAUGGUGUCCUGGAGUUGGAACCCAUGGACGCGUAUAACCGUCUUCUCUUGCAUCGUCUUGCAGAAAUAUUUGGGUUUACCCACGUAUCUGUUGGUGAAGGAGAUGACCGGCACUUAAUUUUGGAGAGAUGCUCAGAUACAUCAAUACCUUCCAUCCUUGUUAGCGAUAUUUUAUGGCAGUAUGAUGAGCAUCAAUCUCCAGUAAUGUCACACCAAUUAUUGAGGAAAACAGAAAGCUUCUCAGUGCUGAAGACAAAAAUUCCUUCUGUUCAACAUUCACUCGAGGAGAGAAAAGCAGCUUAUUUUGCUGCUCGUGACCGAAUUUUUUCAAUGGAUUUGGGAGAGUUUAAUGAACCAGUCAAACAGAAGCCACGAAGCAAUCCUGUGGUUGCCCGCCGAAUGAUUGCACAUGCCCUAGGUCACAGAAUCAAUCCACAGAGUCAGACUGCUACACUAGGGGAUUGCAAAGGGCAUAGUGGGCAAACAGAUGCACCACAUAUUCAAUGCAGGAACAAAGUUGAGCCUAAGUCACCCUUGGAAGCUUCUCAGAAGACUAUUUCCCUGCCAGGCCAAAAUAUGAGUAAACUGAAAAACAAUGAUAAAAAUUCAAGUGGAUCUUCACCAAGUAAAAGCAAUGUGCCCCAAAAACAAGCUGAUAAGAUUUCCCCCCAUGUGAGCAUAUCACAGAAUGAAAGCAGUGGGAAUGGGGUUGAUAAAGACUACUUCAAAAGGGAGCAUUUGGGAGCUGCAAAGAGGAUGUUUGCUCAUGCGUUGGGACUGCAGUCGGGGAAGGAUGGUUUUAUUUUAAAAUGCAGUGAUAUAAAGCAGAUUAAUACUGAGUAGGGGCUGAGAGAUCUUUGAAUAGGAAUUGGUUCUUCGCUUCCUUUGUGUCGCACUCGAUAUGCUUCUCCUAGUUGCUCUCCAGGUCUUUUCAGUUGCGCCGCGGAUGAGCAUGUAUAUGUUAGAGUCCUUGCUGAUAUUUAUUGCCGGAGACGGGUGGCAAAUUCUGAAUGAGGUUGUGCAGCUGCUCACAUCCUGAAUGCUGAUGACUUUAUACAGCCCUCGACAAAAGGCUAUCAACGAAAGCGAAGUUGGAAUGAAAUCGUGAAGACAUGUAUGGUUGGAACUUGGAUGCGAUAAUUUGCCCAACUCAGGCAUAUUGCAGGCCAGUCGACUGCUCCUAUUAAUACCUCAUUGCUGUUGUUUCACUUUUAUGCAUACUUUUGGUGUUCUGUUCUCACCUCUUAUUAUCUUAUGUAGGUCACAUGUAUAAGAAAUCUGGAUUAUUUCACAGCUUGCUCAAUAGAUUAUUAUGCUUGUAUUUA